AUGGACUCGCAGGAUGAUGAGAAGAGUCCUAAGAGUCCAGGACUCCGAGGACUCAACAGCUCCGCGACGAGCAAAGCGGACAGGAUGCCGUCAAAGCUGGCCGCCCUCAAGAAUAGGAUCGAAGAAGAGAGGGCCUACUACAAUACCAUGGAAGAAGCCCUCCAAGUAUUCCGACGAUCGCACGGCGAUGACUAUAGCGCCUACCCGGAGGAAGUAAGGGUCUUCGCAGAAAGACAGGCCCGAAUACAAGAAGAAGGACGCCAGAAAAGGCCUUUCGGCAAGGUCAAGGACCCUAAGGUCUACAAAGGCAAGUCGACACGAGAGCUCAACGAGUUUAUGGCCUCAAUCCGCGCUUCCUUCUGA